AUGCACUUCUCCACUCCUGUCCUCACCCUCCUGGCCAUUGCUGCUGGCGUCCAGGCUGCCAAGCAAUCCGAGCCCCCAAUUCACCAGAAGAGUGCCUCCGUGGUCGGCACUGCUGUUAGCACUGGCACUCACCCCAUCGUGACCGGCACCCCCGGCGGCGGCAACGGUACCUCUGGUGGCGGCAACGGCACCUCCGGCGGCGGCGCUGGAGGCGCUGGCGGUUCCGGUUCAGGCUCUGGCUCUGGCUCUGGCUCUGGCACUGGCUCAGGCUCGGGCUCGGGCUCUGGCACUGGCACUGGUGGCUCGGGCUCUGGCUCUGGCUCUGGUGCUAGCAACACCCCUGCCUCCCCCAGCUCUACCGGCUUCGUCCCCUCCAACCCCGGUGUCAAGGUCUCUGUUCCUCAGCUCGGCAUGGUUGGCGCUGGUAUUGGCAGCGUCGCCUACGGUGCUCUCAUCUUCCUCGCUUAA